UUCUGAAUUCUAUUUAAUGUGACAUUUAUUUCAGUAGAGAAUGUGAACAAUUUUAGUGCAUAUUAUAAAAUGUCUCUACGAAAAGUACUAUUUUUAACAAAAGCUGUGUGUUGCGGAGGUAUUAAGUAUCAAGCUACGAACUUUUCGCUACAAAAUCUAUGGAUAUUAUCAGCAACUACAACUAGAUUUUAUUCCACCGAAAACUUAGGAAAUAAGAAUAAAGAAGACAAUUCGCCUGAAAAGGUGAAUAUACUUGGUAGAUUUUUUCCACAAAAUGAAUUAGGGACAAAGGAUGCACAAGAAGUUAAAAAUGAGCAGAAAAAGUUUGAACAAGAACAGAAAGAAAAAUCACAAGAAAAUGAAAAAAGUUGGAGACGCAUGAAAAUGGGAUUUGCAGUGUUUGGUGGUGCUAUCACAGUUAUGGGUGGAUGUAUGGUUGUGGAAAUGGGGGCUCCAAAACGUGGAGAAGAAGGACAGAUCCUUGAAGAUGAGUUCUCACACCUACCUAUUGUGUGGCAGUACCUUAGACGAACUUGGAAGGAACUUACUUUCUAUGAAAAGAUGAUCAAAGAGCCAUCCCGAGACAAACUACUUCCGGACCCUUUGCCACCUCCAUAUCAACCCACCUAUACCCUAGUACUUGAAUUCACUGAUGUUCUGGUACAUCCUGACUGGUCUUAUCAAACUGGCUGGAGAUUCAAAAAACGUCCAGGCGUUGACCAAUUUUUACAAACUGUAGCAAGUUCAGACUAUGAAGUUGUUAUAUUUACAUCAGAGAAUGUGUUCAUGAUCUGGCCAGUACUUGAUAAAUUGGACCCAGAAAACAAACUUAUCUCAUACAGAUUAUUUAGAGAUUCUACACAUUUUAUGGAUGGAGUUCAUGUGAAAAACUUGGAGGGACUAAAUAGAGAUUUGACUAAGGUAAUUGUUGUUGACUGGAACAAGCAAGCAACUCAGUUCCAGCCAGAAAAUGCACUUAUACUUAAGAAAUGGAAAGGAGCUGAUGAUGACACAGCACUGCUUGACCUUGCCAAUCUUUUGCAAACCAUAGCAAUGUCAAACGUGUCAGACGUGCGGGAUGUAGUAACAUACUAUAGUCAAUACGAAGACCCCAUAGCGGCCUUCCGUGAGAACCAACGCAAGUUGCUCGAACAAAUGGAGAAUGAAAAGAAAGAGCGCGAUUCACAACCAGACCAAAACCUUGCAAGGGGAUGGUUAAGGACAUUUACAAGACGUUAGCGAUUGCAAAAAAACCGGAGCGGAAAAAAUUCAGAACAAGAAGUUCUUUGAAUAUGUUUUAUGAAUAUUACAUAAUUUGUAUUCGACGUUUACAUACAGGCUCCAUAUCAUAUGUAAUUAAUCAAUUUUACAUAAUUCUGUGUAAUUUAUUUCUUUUCAGGUACCAGGGAUUGAGGUCGCAAAUGCAAUUUAAUAAAUUAGUUAACUUCAUAGAUUUCAUGUGUAAAUAUUAUUAUCAUUGUUAUGUUCCUCUUAGUUUUUCUUUAAAGUCAAUUGUUAAGUUUAAACAAUGUUAUUUCCAACAAAUUAACAUCUUAUAAAAACAAUUUUAGACUAUUCCAUAACAAGCUAAUUUAUAAUUCUUGAAAUAUAGCAUAGACAUAAAAAUUCUAUUUCUCAAAAUAUCCUUUGUAGUUAAAAACUACUUACCACCUGUAUAAGCUAAAUUAGAAUUCUGUUGAGAGUUUUAAACAGCAUCUGGUAAAUUUCAUUUUUAGAAUUUAAGCAAAAUUAAAUUUACCUUAACAUUAAGAAUCGAGACAUUGCGAUAAGUAUGACUGUUAAAUGUCAAAAACAAAUGGAUUUUGUAGAGGAGUCAAAGACUUAGGUCUCAACACUGAACUAUACCCUUAUAUCACAUGCUUACAUAAAAAUGGUAAAUGAAAAAAGUUAAUUGUUAAUGUAAAACAGCUGUUAUAAUAAAAUUAACAUAACAUAUGGAUGCUUAAUUAUUUAAUA